UCAAUUACAGCCCUUCACAGGGUUUAUCCCUUCCCUUCCCUUCUCCAAAACCCACCAUCUUUUUUCACAUUCCCAUCAAAACAUGAUACUUCAAAUGACACUCUCUUCUCCAUUUCUCCUCUCUUCCUGUUCCUCUGCUCACAGACUCAACCCUCUUCUCUUCUCUAAACGACGCCAUUGUCCCAUCAAGUUCUCUCACUUCCCUUUCCAUCUACUCACCAAACCCAGAUUCCUUUCAGUUGCUGCUGCUGCAACAGAAAAUGGUGUAUUUACUUCUCCAGAAAAUGCAAAGUCGUUUGAUUUUUCUUCAGAAGAACGAAUAUACAAUUGGUGGGAAUCUCAAGGAUUUUUUAAGCCAACUUUUGACCGGGGGAGUGAUCCUUUUGUGGUAUCAAUGCCACCUCCAAAUGUUACUGGUUCGUUGCACAUGGGGCAUGCAAUGUUUGUGACUCUUGAGGAUAUCAUGGUUAGAUACAAUCGUAUGAAGGGAAGACCAACACUGUGGCUUCCUGGUACUGAUCAUGCCGGUAUUGCAACUCAGUUGGUUGUUGAAAAAAUGCUUGCAUCUGAAGGAAUCAAAAGGACUGAUCUGAGCAGAGAUGAGUUCACAAAACGAGUUUGGGAGUGGAAAGAGAAAUAUGGUGGAACUAUUACAAAUCAGAUUAAGAGACUCGGUGCUUCCUGUGAUUGGACUAGAGAGCGUUUCACCCUUGAUGAGCAGCUAAGUCAAUCUGUGAUUGAGGCUUUUAUCAAGCUUCAUGAGAAAGGCCUAAUCUAUCAAGGCUCGUAUUUGGUUAACUGGUCUCCUAAUCUACAGACUGCUGUUUCAGACUUGGAAGUAGAAUAUUCUGAGGAACCUGGCACUUUAUAUCACAUCAAGUAUCGAGUUGCUGGACAGAGUGACUUCUUGACAGUUGCAACAACACGGCCUGAGACUUUAUUUGGUGAUGUAGCUAUUGCUGUGAAUCCCAAGGAUGACCGCUAUUCUAAGUUUAUUGGGAAGAUGGCAAUUGUACCCAUGACAUAUGGCCGCCAUGUACCUAUCAUCGCUGACAGGCAUGUUGAUAAAGACUUUGGGACUGGUGUGUUGAAGAUAAGCCCGGGACAUGAUCAUAAUGAUUACUAUCUUGCUAGAAAGCUUGGUCUCCCUAUUCUUAACGUGAUGAAUAAGGAUGGGACCCUUAAUGAGGUUGCUGGAUUGUACUGUGGUCUCGAUCGAUUUGAGGCACGGAAAAAACUGUGGUCAGAACUUGAGGAGACCGGGUUAGCUAUCAAAAAGGAGCCGCACACUUUAAGGGUUCCUAGAUCCCAACGUGGAGGAGAAAUAAUUGAGCCAUUGGUAAGUAAACAGUGGUUUGUUACCAUGGAGCCCUUGGCUGAGAAGGCUCUUCGUGCUGUUGAAAAAGGAGAGUUAACCAUAAUGCCUGAAAGAUUUGAGAAGAUUUAUAAUCAUUGGCUGUCAAACAUCAAGGAUUGGUGUAUAAGCAGACAACUGUGGUGGGGGCACCGCAUACCUGUGUGGUACAUUGUAGGAAAAAACUGUGAAGAAGAUUACAUAGUUGCAAGGAAUGCUGAUGAAGCUCUUGAGAAAGCUCGUGAGAAGUAUGGGAAAAAUGUUGAAAUUUAUCAAGAUCCAGAUGUUCUGGAUACUUGGUUUUCAAGUGCUCUAUGGCCAUUCAGUACUCUUGGUUGGCCAGAUGUUUCAGCAGAGGAUUUUAAGAAGUUUUAUCCUACAACAAUGCUUGAAACUGGGCAUGACAUUUUGUUCUUUUGGGUGGCAAGGAUGGUCAUGAUGGGAAUUGAGUUUACUGGGACUGUUCCAUUCUCAUAUGUUUAUCUUCAUGGGCUUAUCCGGGACUCGCAGGGACGGAAAAUGUCCAAAACACUUGGUAACGUAAUAGAUCCCCUUGAUACAAUCAAAGAGUUUGGCACUGAUGCUCUGCGAUUCACUAUUUCUCUAGGAACUGCUGGCCAGGACCUUAAUUUGUCUACUGAGAGGUUGACUGCCAACAAGGCCUUCACCAACAAACUGUGGAAUGCGGGCAAGUUUGUGCUACAGAACAUGCCUAGUCAAACUGAUGUAUCUGCUUGGGAAGCUAUUAGGAAUUGUAAGUUUGACAAAGAGGAGUCUGUUCUCAGGCUACCUUUACCAGAAUGUUGGGUGGUGUCAGAACUUCAUGUUCUUAUUGACAUGGUCACAGCGAGCUAUGAUAAGUUUUUCUUUGGAGAUGUUGGGAGGGAAAUAUAUGAUUUCUUCUGGAGUGAUUUUGCUGAUUGGUAUAUCGAAGCCAGUAAAGCUCGCCUUUACCAGUCUGGAGCCAAUUCAGCUUGUUCAGAGGCACAGGCAGUUCUAUUGUAUGUUUUCAAAAAUGUAUUGAAAUUGCUACAUCCAUUCAUGCCAUUUGUCACUGAAGAACUAUGGCAGGCACUCCCCGACCCGAAAGAAGCACUUAUAGUAUCUCCUUGGCCCCAGACUUCACUUCCACGGUUUCCCAACUCCAUAAAAAAAUUUGAAAAUUUCCAAGCUUUGACUAGAGCAAUCCGCAAUGCUCGAGCAGAAUACUCAGUUGAGCCAGCCAAGCGUAUAUCUGCAUCUAUAGUUGCAAGUGAAGAAGUCAUCCAAUACAUAUCUAACGAGAAGGAAGUCUUAGCUCUUCUUUCCAGGCUAGAUCUACAAAAUAUCCAUUUCACAGAUUCUCCUCCAGGGGAUGCAAACCAGUCGGUACAUCUGGUUGCUAGCGAGGGACUGGAAGCUUACCUUCCUCUUGCAGAUAUGGUCAAUAUAUCUGCUGAAGUCGAACGCCUUUCAAAGCGCCUCUCCAAGAUGCAAGUGGAGUAUGACGGACUUGCUGCUCGUCUCAGUUCCCGGAAAUUUGUAGAGAAAGCUCCUGAGGAUGUUGUCCGUGGGGUUCGAGAAAAGGCAGCAGAAGCAGAGGAGAAGAUAAAACUCACCAAGAACCGGUUAGCUUUCCUAAAAUCCUCUAGUCUGGUGUCACAAUAGGUUGUCUGGGGUAGACUUCAUUUGUUCUCAAUGUAUCCACAAAAUUGGAUUCACCUCAUUGCAAGACCAGUGCUCCAUACAACAAUCUGACGUCCACACCAUCUACUUUCUGGUGGGACAAUGGCAAUUAUGGAUGACCAUUUGGAGAAGAAGUUGGACAGGAUAGUGAACAGUCCGAUAUCUGGAAGUUCUGCAUAAAUUGAGUCUUGCUUUGCCUUGCUUCAUCGUAGAGAUUGAAGUAUUUGACAAAUUGCUUAUGAGAUCGUGCUACUAUCCAUGAUUAUUUUUGUGCGAGAGGUCACUGAUAGAAUUCUUGGCCAUCUAAAUGUACAGCUAUUCGUUUAGCAGCAGCAGUUCUGUCAUUUUGGCCUGCCGUUACCUUUUGACAUUGUACAAUUAACAUUAAUUCUUGCAUAGAUUUUACCUUUUAUGUGGAUGUAUCUGCCAUUUUGCCUCGUCA